UAUUGCACGCCCGUUGAGAAGCGGAAGAGAUUUUAAGCCCCCGAGGCCGUGGCUCUUGCAUUCGAUGGCGGCGAGCGACCGGAGCCGGGCGGAGCCCAAAUCCCUCUCCGUCUUCGACCUUCCCCCCGAUUUCUUCGAUUCCUGCGGCCUCUUCCGCUCCCGCCUUCCUCGCCUCCCACCUUUCCCACCGCCGCCGCCGCCGGAACCCGGCGAUGCCUCCCCGAGCGAAAGAAGCGAGGGCAACGAAGGGGAGGAAGAGGUCGAUUCGAAGGGGGCGGGGGAGUGGGGGAAGGAGGUGGCGUCGAGGUGGACGUGCAACACCUGCAAGGCCGAGUUCGAUUCCCUCCAGGACCAGCGAUCCCACUUCAAGUCCGACCUCCACCGCCUCAACGUUAAGCUGAGCAUAGCUGGUAAAAAUACUGUCAAGGAAGAGGACUUUGGUGAGUUGGAUGGUGAUUCUUUAUUUGAAGACCUUGAUGUAUCCAGUAUAUCGGGAUCAGAAGAUGAGUUUGAAGAGAGGUCCAUUUCAAACACUGGCAUGUCAGCAAAAGGAAGAGAAGGGGUUGGACAAAAAUUGUAUUUCCGUCUCCAUUCAGGAGAUACAGUUUCUGUUUGGAGAUGUUUGCUUUUGGAUGAAUCUGAAGAUCUUCAGUUCGGGAGUAAUCAGUCAGUCCAUACAGGAAAUGCUGGAUAUACAUCAAAUAUAGAGGAGGACAAGUUAAUAGGUAGAUUGAAAGGUUUGGUCUGUGAACCUCGAGAUAAAACAUACUUAAGGAUUGUGUUGCUAAUAAGUGGUGGACACUUUGCUGGAUGUGUUUUUGAUGGCAACUCUAUCAUAGCCCAUAAAACAUUUCACAGGUAUGUUGUUAGGGCAAAAGCUGGCAAGAAGCAAUCUGCUAAAGAUGGAACUGGAAAAGCUGCAAAUUCAGCUGGUUCAUCUCUUCGCCGGUAUAAUGAAGCUGCACUGAAGAAGGAAAUUCAAGAAUUGCUUGUGACUUGGAAACCAUACAUUGAUUCCUCGCGAUGCAUUUUUGUUUAUGCUCCAUCAAAAAGCCGUCAGAUGCUUUUUGAUGUUGAGAAGCCUCAAUUUGGAUUUCAGAGCUGUAGGCAUGUCCCUAUGACAGUCCAUAGGCCCACCUUGAAAGAAGCCAAGAGAGUAUAUUACCAUUUGACAAAAUUGGCCUACGAGGUAGAUGAGAAAGCCAGUCUAGAGGAUGACUUACCUUCAUAUAUGGGUGAUUAUAGCAGUAGCAUGCAACAAUCAAAUGAAGUGCAGUCAGGAAAGCAGUUGGAAGUCAAGGAAACCUUUUCCGGAUCAAGUUCAGUUGGUGAAUGUUUGCCAGCUAAAUGUGACAUUGUAAGUCCUCCAUCUAAUGGAAAUGAGACAACACCCCUUCAUGAGGCAACAAAAUCUGGUGAUGCUCAACGAACCCUGGAACUUCUUGAAGAAGGUUUGAAUCCUUGCGUCAAAGAUGCAAGAGGUCGGACUCCAUAUAUGUUGGCAACAGAGAAGGAAGUCAGAAAUACUUUUAGAAGAUUCAUGGCUUUAAACCUUGAUAAGUGGGACUGGCAUGCUGCAAAUGUGCCCAGUCCAUUAACAAAGGAAAUGGAAGAAUCUCAGGCAGCAAAACAGGCAGAGAAGGAUGCCAAGAGGAAGGCAAAAGCAAAAGAGUUGAAGAAACUGCGGAAGGCAAAAGAAAAGGCGCAGGAAGCCCCUAAACAGCAGCCACAAUCCAAUGAGUCCGUGAUCAUUUCUAAGGAGGAGGAACAGAGAAGGGCACUAGCAGCAGAGAGAGAGAGAAGAGCAGCUGCAGCAGAGAGAAGAAUAGCAGCUCUUAAUGCUUCUCUAGCCAACACAAUAGCAGCACCACCGAGCGGCUCGGAGCAGACGAGUGGAGCGAGCGACAUUACUUGCUCAUGUUGUAAUUCUUCCUUGGCUGGGAAAGUUCCAUUCCACAGAUACCAUUACAAAUAUUGCAGCACCUCAUGUAUGCAUGUUCACAGAGAGAUGCUGGAGAGCGGAUAGACCUAAACCUUUUUUUCUUUUAGAUAAUUUGUUAGCAUAGCUCUAGUUUCACCUUGUCCAUUAACAUUUUGUUUUGACUGUUACUCAUCUAGCCAUGUUUCUGUAAUCAAUCUAUUUUCUUUAAGACCUCAUAACAAGUGGAUGCUUUAUUCGUGAAAAUGAAAUAGAGGGGUGAGUGGGAUUUGAGGACCCGCAGCUUUUUAUGUAAGAAAAGUUCCCGAAGCUUUCUUAUGCAGCAUUAAGGCAAUAUCGGUAAA